UGGGGUAUUUCUUUUCUUGUCAUCAAUGGGGUAGGGGAAUAGGAUUCUGUCGUGGAUUCCUGGAGCAUUUCCACAGAUGAUCGUUUAAUCGCGUGGGUUGGAAGGAGUAAAGGGGAAUUCGUUGUGGGGGGGGCCACACACAAACAGUUUGGUGUGUCGUGAUCCGGACGAAGCAUUGUGUGUCAAACCACCGCCAAAUCUUCCCUAGUCGUGCGUGGCCCCCAAUUCGCCAUCCCACCUCCUCGCGCACAUCGAUCCGCAACCCACAUUGCCCGCAUAGCGCGCGCAGCAUAGACGAGGCAGCCAAGAAAUCGCCCACUCUAAAAGCCCACCUCGCCCCCUUCGAGAGGAGAGAGGAGAGAGAGAGUGAGUGAGAAUUUGCGAGAGGAGAGAAGAGUUCUUCCUUCUCUCUCUUUUUUUUUUUUUGAUUCGAUCCUAUCUGGAGCUGCAUGCAUGCACAGAUGCCACAAAGGGCGAUUUGGGUCUGCUCGAUUGGGCUCCGAUCUUCGACCCAAGUCGCUGGAUCCAGCGCGAUCUCCUUCUUCUUCUAUGCGCACAAAGACCUAGCGAGCUAGAGGAGGAAGAACAGAGCAACUAGCACUAUAGUGGAUAGAUAGAUCCAUCGUGGGUCUUUUUUAUUUUAUUUCUCUCACCCCUCCUCCCUUUUGGAGUCUGAGAUCUCGAUCGGGCAUAGAAGGAAAAGGACAUGGGAUCCGGAUCGAUCUCCAUGACGACGACGAUGCGAGCAACGCUGUGCUGCUCGCCGUCCGAGGAUCACCACCACCACUACCGCAAAUCUCCAGCAGCAGCAGCAGCAGCAGCAUCGUCAUCGCCAAAGGUGAAAGUGAAUGGCGGCCAUGGUCUCCUCUCCUCCUCCUCCUCCUCCUCCGCCGCCGCGGCGACUUCCUCUCCAUCCUCCUCCGCUUCCCCCACAUCUAGUUCUUCCUCCGCCGCCGCCGCCGCCGCCGCCACCACCACCACUUCCGCCGCCUCCUCCUCCCUCCUCCCGUACCUCUCGAUCAGCUCCGUGCUGUCCCAGAAGGCCGCCGCGGUGCUCUCGGUGGCGUCCGAGACGAGCUACGCGCUGAGCGGCGCGGUUCUGUCCGCCAUCGCUGGAGUGACGCAGAUUGCGAUCGUGCCCGGCGUGGUGGAGGAUCAAGAACAGCACCACCACCACCACCAUGGCGGCGGCGGCGUGGACACGCUCAAGCAGGGGCGAUUGGUGGAGAGAGUGGUGUACCGGCAAACGUUCGUGGUGCGCUCCUACGAGGUCGGCCCGGACAAGACGGCCACACUCGACACCUUUCUCAAUCUCUUCCAGGAGACAGCUCUGAAUCACGUUCUCAUCUCUGGGCUGGCCGGGAACGGGUUUGGCACAACGCAUGAGAUGAUAAGAAAUAAUCUCAUCUGGGUCGUGACGCGCAUGCAAGUGCAAGUCGAGCGGUAUCCAGCCUGGGGAAACGCUCUCGAGAUUGAUACUUGGGUGGGAGCCUCGGGGAAGAAUGGCAUGCGGCGGGACUGGCUGGUUCGCGACUACAAGACGGGCUCCAUUCUCGCAAGAGCCACCAGCACUUGGGUGAUGAUGCACAAGGACACGAGACGGCUAUCCAAGAUGCCGGACUUGGUCCGGGCCGAGAUCUCGCCGUGGUUCCUCUCCAGAACGGCCUUCAUUCCCGAGGAGUCGUGCUCCAAGAUUGAGAAGCUGGACAACAGCAACACGCGCUACAUCCGCUCCAACCUCACGCCACGGCACAGCGACCUGGACAUGAACCAGCACGUAAACAACGUCAAGUAUCUCACCUGGAUGAUGGAGAGUCUUCCCCAGAACAUUCUCGAGAGCCACCACCUGGUUGGGAUCACGCUCGAGUACCGGCGCGAGUGCAGCAAAUCCGAUAUGGUGGAGUCUCUGACGCAUCCGGAGCGGGGGGGGCAUCUGGCAAUCAAUGGAGCAGCAGCGGCAGCAGCAGCAGCGGCAGCCGCGCCACCUUCCCAGCUUGACUUUAUUCAUCUCCUCCGGAUGCAGACGGGUGGAUCCGAGAUUGUAAGAGCCCGGACCAGUUGGAAAAGUCGCCACUAGUUAGGUGAGAGACGAUGAAAGAUCAAAGUUGAUUUGAUGAUCACACACACACACAGCACACGCGGCCGCUUUAGGCAACAUACCGUCAGACGAUUCUUCCCUUGUGAUUAAACGUACGCAACAAAGAAGUGUUCCCACUGUAAUGUUGA